GCUGAUUUGGCCUGAUUGGCCCACUCGAUGGGAUCACCAGAGGCCCAACGAGCAGCUGCCGUCAUCCCACUAGUUAGUUCCCUUCGUUCUUCACAUCGUGUACAACCGUACUAAAGUGAAUCUCUUCGAAGCGUCAUAAACAGAAGGAUCACUGACUCUCCUAAUAACAACCAUUUCCCUCUCCUUUCCAGAUCGACAGGGAUUCCAGGAACCUCCUUACGACCCCACGGUCAUUGGCUGUUGAUCUGAAGCCCUCGGCGCUUCUCAUCUGCCUCAGAUUGUUUGGGGAUUCCCGGUGCGACGAAUUGCAACUCUCCAUUCCUCAGCGACUCGCCCCAGGUGGCUCGUUUUAGUCCUGCCCCAAAUUGGCAUUGACACCAACAUUGUUGCAUUAUUGGGGGCUGACGGGGCCGUGAUUAUGAUCAUUUUGACCUAUUCCAGACUAUCGAAACUGAUUGAUUUUGGGGCGGGAUCGUCUCAGCCCUGGGGGAUAUAACUACUCGACUAUACUCCGUACUCCUCGGAAGAUACCUGUCAAGGGGACAACGCGGGGAGAGUUGAGACAUCACAUCGUGUCCCACCAUCCCUACCCAUUUCUUCGUGUUCUUGCGUAUUCUUCCUUUGUUUUUCGUAACUCUGUUUGACUUUCUGGGUCAUCGCGCAGGACUAACAUCCCUGGAUUCCGCGCGGUGGAGAGUUGUGAUCUGAUCGGAAUUCCUGCCCCUCCCUUGUGUCAUGCCUCGGGCCCCCAUACAUUUGACGCUUUGGAUUUCACUAUCAUCGUGAUUUUCUGCGACACUCUCAUGUGCAUCAAAUUCGCCGACUAUGGGCAUGGCCUAAUUGACACUGCGUACUGUAUUCUUGAAUUUGCUUUUUGGGGUUAAAGUGAUGAACCGGGUACUUCCGACCUUCUCCGAUCAUCAUGCAUAGUCUACGCUCAAGGAAGCCCCAGAAGCAGGGGAGGAAAAGAACCUCAUCCACCGUUUCCAAUGCCACAACCGUCACCCAGGCUGGUCCUGGGCAAAGUCCCAAAAUCACCAACAAACCAUCAUCACCAAAUGACCAGUUCAAUGCAUCAAAACAAGCCUUGAAGCCGCUGCCGGCGCUUGAGUCCCCGCCGGACAAGCCACUUGAACCAGCGAGGAAAGUUCCCAACGUAUUCGAGUUUCUAGAAGAAGGUGAUUCAACAUCGUCAUCUCCAUCGUCGUCAGAAUUGGAAUCUUCUGAGGACGAUGAACCUGCACCUCCAGUGCACGCCCAAGCUAUCGCCAAGAUCCAGUCACCAAAGCCUCGAUCAAGUCCCAUCCCGCACUCACUACUGGUUUCACAGAAGCCUCUCCCAUCCACCACGAUAUCGAGAAGCUCUAGUGACUCGCGCCCACCACCACCGGCGCCGACUGCACCAGCACCCUCGGAGAGACAAGUGCAGAUCACCCGCAGACAGGUACCAUCUCGCAAAGCCUCUCCGACAGAGCCUCCCUCGCCGGGAAAACAUGAAUUACAAAUUACUCGGCCAGAGAGCUACUAUACAUCGAGAGAUGCAACCACCAUUCACAGACCUCCUCUCCCUCCCUCCCCACCGAGCAGUCCCGAAGACAGCCUCCACCGAGGCACAGCGCUCAAACGACGAGACUCCAGUGCGCCAGAGGUCACAUCAGGAUAUGGACUUGUCGCAUCGCACCUCACCCACUCCACCACCCAAGACAAAGCAGCGUUUCCACCACUGUACCGACGCUUUGAAAGCGUGAAUCACCGCGUCUUAUUACAUCUUCAGGAUGAGAUCUCCCAGAUGGAGGAAGAUCUCCACACCCUUGACGAGUACGAGGAGAUGCAUCGAGUCGCUACUGCCGAGAAAGAGGGUACCAAGCCUCUACCUGCGUCACGCCGAGUCGACGUCCAAUCUCAGGCGUAUUCAUCCCUUCACUACCGACGCAUGGAUCUAAUGGCUGCCCUUGUUCAAAAGACAGAGCAAUACAACACCGCACUAAGCGCAUACAGCAAAGUCCUCCAAACCCUCCCCCGCGCCUCAGACGACGACAUCACCAACUACCGCUCCUGGAUGAAAGAACACAACCCCAUCGCCGCGGCCGAAACCCGCUUCCUCGAUCAAGACGCUGACCUAGUCGCUCUCACUCCGCGACUGGCAGCAUCCGCCGCCGCAGCACCGGUCUACAUGGCCAUCAUUAUCGCCUCGGGUGCUCUUUUGAUGCCUCUUCUUGCGUUUAGCAUGAUUGCCGAGUUCUCGGGUCGACUCGUCGUGGUGACCGUUACCGGUGGUGCGGCGGCUGCUGUUGCGGCCAAUUACUCUUCUGGUAUUGAAGCUCUGGUGGACUCGAGGGACGGAUGGAGGUGUGCGACUAUAUACUUUGGCUUCAUGACCAUUGCGGCCAUGUUCAUUCCCUGAAUAACAUAGAGAAUCAUGUAACGACUCACGAAUUCCCUAUGUUCGUCCCAUAUUUGCGUCGACAUCGACCCGCCGUAACGGAUCCUGGCACGUCCUUAUUCACUCACUCACCCACCCACUCGGCUUCUUGUUGGAGAGGGGGGAAAAAAACUCCCAACCAACUUGAAGAAUCCCAAGAAACUGAACAAAAGUUCUUUCAGUAGGGAGAUUAAGGGCGUUAGGGUUCUUGGCAAAUCGAUUCUUUCUUUUUAAUUUACUAUACCAUUGGGUUAUUGUUGCGAUAUCAUGGCAAGGUAGAUUGGUUUUGGCUCUGCUGGUAGUUAUUGACAUGGAAGAUACCUCUUAAACUUGGAACGGGGCAUACAGCGGAUACGCAUGGAUUGUUUCCUUUGCUUGGAGAGAAUCUUCGUGGUUCGACUGAAUCUUGUGUUUCUUUGAUGUACGAAUUAUUUGAUAUGAAUGAAUCCCGGGAUUAUGAAUUUUGAC